AUGAAAAUUCUUUAUUUGCUAAUCUUAAUCGCAAUCCCCACUUGGGGAUGGACGCCACUCAGAAGUCUUUGUUCGGGUCUGUACUGCAAAUUGAGUUUGGAGAACCGAAAACUGGAUUACUAUAGUCCCGCUACGAACAUCGUUCACCUGGAGCUAAGCUCCUGUCAGGAUAGCGAUCUGAAGACGGUUCUGCUAACACCUCGUCUCCGGUGGCUGACUGUGCUGCAUUGUGAAGGAAAUUUCAGUACAACUCACCUGGAAGCACCUCCAAAUCUGGAUAUCCUGCGGCUACGUCUUGGAAAUGUCACGGAUCUGCCCAUCCUGGCCAACAUAAGCAAGCUGGAAAAGCUGGAUUUGAGAAGGAAUAACAUCGUACAAUUGGCCAAUAAAACCUUCCAGGGCUUGACCAACCUCAGGGAGUUAAACCUGCAGGAUAACUUGAUUAGAGAGCUGCCCGAGAAGGUCUUUCAUCCGCUCAAGAAGCUGUUAUACCUGGACCUGAGUCGCAAUCAAAUCUCUCAGCUUUCGGAGACAUUUUUGCCAAGGGACAUUGAGAUGAUAGAGCUCAAUCUGCGUGAAAAUCCUUUAACUAAAUUGGAGUUUGCCAUUUUUGUACAUCCUAAAAGCAUUGACUUCAUCGACCUAACCAAUUGCCAAGAGAUGAGGGGCCAACUAAGCUUGCCUUUUAAAAUAUAUACCUUAAACCUCGAGUUCAGUGGCGUGGAGUCUACGCACACCUUCUGGCUGGCCGAGCUCAAGGCGGCCAAUAGUAAAGUCAACGACAUGAGUAUGAUGCCACAUCUCAAGGUACUCGACUUGCGGGGCACCAACUUGACUUGGCUUAGGGCUAACGAAAUCCUUCGCCGCUAUAUAACCCUAGAAAUUGUAGAUCUGUCCAAUAAUUUUAUACGUUUUAUUCCGAGCGAAGAUCAUCAGAGUGUAUGGCCCACCUUCAAGAAGCUCAAUCUGUCCCGGAAUGGUCUAUGGGAUCUGCCUGUGAACUGUCCUCUGUUUGGUGUCCAACUAACCUCGCUGGAUGUGUCUUACAAUAGACUCAACCGCAUUGACAUGGCCACCUUUGAGGGUGCCUACGAUCUGGAGAGCCUGUUCCUGCAGGGAAAUCAAUUGUGCAAUUUCGAGUAUCGUUCGGAGAAGCUUUAUAACCUCAAGGAGUUGGCUGUGUAUGACAAUGAUUUCGAUGGAAGUUAUUGUAGGGAAAUGGAAGGAUAUUUCGGUAAUAGUUCUUUGAUUUUGCAUCGGUCUUCCAGAGGAUAUGCCUGCCUUAAGCCUGAAGAAAAUUAA